AUGAAUAGAAAUAACCUAUCUCUUUCUCCUUCAUCACUCAUCGAUCAGUGGAGAAAACGCAAAACCAGGGACACAAUCUCUCCUACUCCUUCAUCUCCGGUCUAUCUUCCUGGCCCUGAAAGCUUCCUACCUGGGCCUGUAUUUGACUGGGCUUCAAAGGCGGCGUGGCUAAGAAUUCACGUGGGAGUGCCGUUUGCAGACUACCAGAACUUUCCUUGGAUAUUGCUUCGCUGCCCGAAGCAAGUGACGGCGGAGCUCCGCCAUUCCAGCUCCAUGGGCAUUCGGGCGACGCCGUCCCCUACUGCCACCGGGAUGGCAUCGUCCCCAUUUUCCCCUGCCAAUCACCCGGCGGACGACGACGACGGCCGCGAUCGACACUCUCGAGAUCGCUCUCUACGGUCUUACCUCCAAUCUCUCUACCCUCAUUCGAUUUUCCCUAUCGACGAUCUACAUAGGCCCUACCUACACAACUCCAAGAUCUCGCUUUUUGUACUCGUUGCAAUUGUUCUCGCCGUCGUGAUUUCGGUUUCUUCUAUAGUCAAUAGAUUUAAUGCUCCAUAUUUGUGCAAAAAAGAUGGCAUAACUCUUGUCUGCCCUAAUGUAAAAGAGUCUCCAUCUCUAUGGGAGAACCCUUAUUCAGCCACUACAUCGUGGAAGCCUUGUUCCGCACAACGCGAGGGCAUAAUUUCAGAUCUUCCAUCACAGAAUGAAACAAAUGGCUAUAUUUUCAUACAUGCUGAGGGUGGUUUAAACCAGCAAAGAAUUGCCAUAUGUAAUGCUGUUGCUGUGGCCAAAAUUAUGAAUGCUACCCUCAUCUUGCCCGUGUUGAAGCAAGACCAGAUUUGGAAGGACCAAACGAAAUUUGAAGACAUUUUUGAUGUAGAUCAUUUUAUUGACUACUUGAAAGGUGAUGUGCAAAUAGUUCGGGAUAUCCCAGAAUGGUUUACAGACAAAUCAGAGCUGUUCACUAGCAUAAGACGGACAGUCAAGAACAUUCCAAAAUAUGCUCCUGCUCAGUUCUACAUUGACAAUGUUUUGCCUCGAGUCAAGGAGAAGAAGAUAAUGUCCUUGAAACCUUUUGUUGAUCGACUGGGGUAUGAUAAUGUUCCUCCUGAAAUCAACAAGCUAAGGUGUAGGGUAAACUAUCAUGCUUUGAAGUUUCUCCCUGAGAUUGAGCAGAUGGCUGAUUCUCUAGUAUCAAGGAUGAGAAACCGAACUGGCAGUUUAAAUCCUUUCAUGGCCCUUCAUCUAAGGUUUGAGAAAGGUAUGGUGGGCCUAUCAUUUUGUGAUUUUGUGGGAACAAGGAUGGAGAAAGCUCUAAUGGCUUUAUACAGACAAAAAGAAUGGCCUCGGCGUUUCAAGGAUGGUUCCCAUCUUUGGGCGCUAGCUCUGCAGAAGCGGAAGGAAGGGCGGUGCCCGCUCGAGCCUGGUGAAGUAGCGGUGAUGCUUCGUGCUAUGGGCUAUCCUAAAGAAACUCCUAUAUAUGUUGCUUCUGGGCAGGUUUAUGGUGGACAGAACCGCAUGGCACCACUCCGGAACAUGUUCCCCAAUCUUGUUACAAAGGAGGAACUGGCAACCAAGUUAGAGUUGGAUGGAUUCAGGAAGCACGUUACGAGCUUGGCAGCUUUGGACUUCUUGGUCUGUUUGAAGUCUGAUGUCUUUGUGAUGACCCAUGGAGGAAAUUUCGCUAAACUGAUAAUCGGAUUUCGUAGGUACAUGGGUCAUCACCUUAAAUCAAUAAAACCUGACAAGGGUCUUAUGUCGAAAUCUUUAGGUGACCCAUACAUGGCCUGGGCCACCUUUGUCGAAGAUGUCGUCGUUACUCACCAGACACGAACUGGCUUACCUGAAGAAACUUUUCCCAAUUAUGACAUUUGGGAGAACCCUUUGACACCUUGUAUGUGUAGAGCUUGA